AAGCAAUAACGAUGCAAAUAUUGCAUCAAAUCUAAUUCCUAUCUGUCAAUUAAAUAUUUUAUUAUUAAUAAUAAAGAGUGCAGUUGAACAGGUGCUACAUGAUUCAAAAAAUGCAAGUAAUCAAUGGGAAAUUGGUCGUUUUAGGACAUCAAGGUGUUGGUAAAACAUCAACAAUUCUAAGAUACGUUGAGAAAAUUUUUAGUACAGAAACUCCAUCAACCGUAGGGGCCUCAUUUUUUACAUCACGAAUCGAUGUUGAAGGAAUAACAGUUAAAUUGCAGGUUUGGGAUACUGCAGGUCAAGAACGCUUCAAAUCCAUGACACCUUUAUUUUAUCGUAACGCCAAUGGGGCAUUAUUAGUUUUCGAUAUAACCCAACGAGACACAUUCGAUCAUAUGAAAGUUUGGGUUACCGAAUUAAAGAGAAACAUCGAUGAACCAAUUUUUAUUUACGUCGUUGGUAAUAAAAUCGAUUUAGAUAAUAGGGAAGUUAGUUACGAGGAGGCAUUACAAUAUUCUCAUUCGAUUGAUGCUAAGUAUUUCGAGUGUUCAGCCAAAGAAGAUAAGGGUAUAGAACAAAUAUUUUUAAGUUUAGCCAGAGAUAUUAUUAUGAAAUCAACGAACAAUGACGCUUAUAAAUCAUUAGAAAAAUUCGAAUCGAUGGAUGAAAAUGUUUUGUUAGCUUCUGCCAGCGAUCAAAAUGCCACCGACGUUGGACAUACAGAAAUUGUAGGUGCUAGUAUCAAUUCAAUAGCUCACGGUGAUAUCGUAGCUAAAAGAUGUUGUUGAGUUAUUUAAUUAGAAAGUUAAAGGAUUACAAAAAAAAUAAUUUUUCAACGAGAUGUUUAUCGCAUAGGUCAAAGUAAAAAAUGGUAAUUAACAGAAAUUUUAUAGCAAUAAUAUUAAAAAAAUAUAUGCUGUGAUGUUUUUAUCUUUGAGUCAUAAAUGUGAUAAGUCAAGAAAAUCUCGAAUAUCUGUCACAAGUCUUUAUUAAUAACCAACUUAUUAAUUUUUACUACUUCUUAUUUUUCUUUAUGAAAAUUUUGUGACCAAAAGAAUUUUUGUAAAUA